UCAAUUUUUAAGUAUAUAACCUAUUCAUAAUACAAUUACAAAGAUUGUUGUGAAAAUAAUUGGAGUAUAACCAUGGAUUAUAUUCAAGCUACUUUGUUUCUGUUGUUACUAAAUACAGUUGCAGGGAGACAAGUUUCUAAUUCUUGUGACUGGAAAAAGAGCGGACUUAUUCAUAGUAAAGCCUCAAGGGAAGUUGAAGAAGUGCAGUUAAAUUGCGAAUCUGGGAAUCUGGAAUGGAUCUAUCCCACUACUGCUCUACAUAUACAGUUCCAGUAUCCACAUAGCACAACUGAUUUCACUGCUUGUUUUCUUCCGAACGUUGACUUCAGUGGUGCAAGUUUGAUACAUCAAGGACAGAGACCCCCUCCAGGAGACAGCAUAUUUGGCCAACCAACUGGCCUUCACGUUAUAUAUGGCGACCCAGAAGAUAAGAAUAAAGUACCGGAAAACACAGAACAUGAUAUUCGUGAGAUCGCGUGUGUCAAUUCAACUUAUGGAAAAUUGAAGAUGUUACUUAUGGCGACAACAACAAGAUCAGAUAUAAGUCGGAAGGUUGCAUCUUUUAGAUAUGAGCUCUACCCCAUAAGCUACCACAACGAUCGACCAAAUCAUAAGAAACACAGAAAAGGGACGGUCAACGAAAGAAGAAUGCUAUUUAGUGGGAAAAUACAAGAUUGUCGUCCAUGCUCUAACGAAGAACUUCUUCAUUUAUAUUGCUCUGCGGAUUUUGUUGCAAGAGGACAAGUUGUUUCGGUAUCAAACGAAGAGAACCACCGUUGGACUAAUCUCGAGUUUCUUUCAAAUCAUGUGAUCAAAGAGACACCAUCUGAUUGGUCGCCAUUCCUCUCUCCUCUUCGGGUACCAGGAUUGAACAUCUCUCGCAUCACCAGUAAAGCUAACGGACUUGAUGAUUUGCUAUAUGGUGUUUUUCGCGUCCCUGCUCAGUGCGGGUUCCGGCCACCCCAAAAAGAUCACAAUCAUACCGUAAAAGAAUAUAUUAUAAUGGGAAACUACAACUUCGGAGGUGGAUGGGUGGAGUGCUUCCCAACUUACAAUUAUUUACUGUCUAUUGUUAAAGACUUUUUUGAGGCCAACAGAUUUUCUAGGAAACAUCACUAUCCGAAUAAUUGUAACUUUGACGACUUACUAAAGAUUGCCUCCCCAUAACACAAUCAGACAAGAUGUCAAAUAUGUUAGUGAGGGAGCCAGCACGCAGUUUCUCUGAAGUCUGAUGUGUUGAAGGUAUGCAAGGAACUAAUUGCCACUGAAUAGAUGUAUAUUCAAAAGGCAAUCGUACGGAAUGGUGUUAUUGUCAAUGACGUGAAAGGUACCGCGUUCAUGAAGCUUUAGCCAUGCGUCGCUUGUCUCCACGCAGCUGUGGAUAAAUCAACGUUAAUGGAAAAUAUGACCAAAACAAACCAUUGCACCACUGUAAGUGAAACUUCCAUUAAAGUAUAUCAAUGAUAGUGGUUGAUGAGCUAUUUCAGCCAGAGUGUGUUCAUUGGAAGGAUUAUCGAAUAUUAAUUGUUGCAUAUAAAUGGCGAAAUAUUUCAUAUUACAUGCCGUAAUAUAAAGUUGUUUAGUUUUAUAUAUUUUGUGAAAUGUUGAUAAUUUAAAUCUAACAAUUCACAAGAUAAAUUUAUUUGAAUACAAUUUUUAAUUAAUGUUUUUUCUUUCAAUAUAUUUUAUGUUUAUCGAAAAUUUUUCUCUUCAAACAUGCAAUGCUUUUAUGUUUAGGAAUUUUUGGUGAUGCAGUUUCAGAAACCCCAAUUUAAUUUUUAAACAAUCGUUUUGCGAGGAAAACAGGUGUCUCAUGUUUUCAUGAUUACGCAUUCUAAUUUUUUUUAGAAGACAAGAGCACUGUGUAAAUUAAUAAAAUACAAACAAUGUCAAAUAACAAAAUUUUCAUUUCAAUUUCAACAUUACGUUGAGGAUGGUUUUUGUUAGUAUAAUAACACACUUUGUAAUAUUAAAGGGAUUUCUGAACCUACAUGUAUAUGGUGCAUUUAGUAUUAUAUACUUUUGGCAACGGAUAAAUACUAAAUAGCACCCAAUAUUAAUAAGCUGUGCUUCAAGUUUCAAUUGAAACUUUUAUUUCCAUGAAUAUGCAUUUCCAUUUUCCGGGAUUGGUUUCAUUUCCUAAAACUCAACGAGCAUUAGGUUGACUAAGUAUUCUCAAUAGGCAAAUAAAGAUUGCUUGUCUAAGCAAAAGUUAUUGUCAUCUGAAGUUGGAAAUGGGUCGGCGUUGAAAGUUUUUGUCGGAGUCAGAGUUGGAGCCGAAGCCGUUUUUUGAAUGAAUCGUAGUUUGGAAUCAAAGUCGGGCGUAAGUUUCCCCAACUCCGCAGCCCUUUUCAUAUGUCGGAUGGGACGUAAAGACGGGCCAAGGAUGAUAACAACAAUCUUUUAGCCAAAAUAUAUCUAAUUGUGCAAGUUUAUUUUAUUACUAUUUUUGUAUUGUUUUCAUUAUUAUUAUUGUAUGUUCCAUUUUUUUCAAAUACAUGAAAAGUGUAUACCUA